AUGGGAGUUCCGUUGGCCCAGUUUUACAUCCUUGUUCAUCCGCGUCGCUGCUUGGACCCGAAGACUGCAUGCUUCAUCUUGUGUGCCGUGAAGGUCGUGCAGCAGCGCGUAGUCGGUCUGCACUUGGGCUCAUAA